UUACACACUUGUCCAUCAGCUGAGCAGCGUGCGGCCUCAGGUAUCCAGAGAGAUGGUGAGAUGUCCCCAAAAUCAGCGGUACCGUGUCUGAACCUGACCAGCAGGAGGACGCCAGAAAACUCUCCCAGACUGGAGCACAGCGGCUCCGGCUCCUUUCUCCCCUGCGAUGAGCUGCAGAAACCCUCGCACCUUCCUCCCCCUCUUCCUCACCGCCUCAGCCUGCGCGGGGAUCUGUAUGCCGCUGCCAUGGGGAGGUUUGGUGAUGCUGCAGCGGACUUUACGCACGGCGCUUCAUCGGCGAACCCACCCGCCUCUCCGUCCAAACACAGCAAGUUCUUGGAAAGUAUAAACCAGGAUCAGAAGGGGACGGCGAUAAGCGGCAAACCGGCGUUUUAUGAGACCAACUCGGAAGUCAGAGAGAAAGGAGCUACGAAGACCAUGGGCUAUCCUGGUAUUGGCACGGACUGUUGUGGCAAGCUGAAAGAGCCGGGCAGCGGUUUACAGGGGGACUCUAUCGCCGACUCCAUCGACCUAUCGGGCAAGAACAAGAAGCGGCGCAACCGCACCACCUUCAGCACCUUUCAGCUGGAGGAGCUGGAGAAAGUGUUUCAGAAGACGCACUACCCUGACGUGUAUGCCCGGGAGCAGCUGGCCCUGAGGACUGAGCUCACCGAGGCUCGGGUUCAGGUUUGGUUCCAAAAUCGUAGAGCCAAGUGGAGGAAACGAGAACGCUAUGGCAAGAUCCAGGAAGUCCGCAACCACUUUGCUGCUACAUAUGAUAUCUCUCUUCUCCCUCGCCACGAUACAUACCAGAUGCAGGGCAACCUGUGGCCCGGGGCGACAUCAGGAGGUGGUGGUGGUUCAGGUGCUGGCUGCGUCCUGGGAGCCGACUCCAUCCCCUCGUCCUGCAUGAGUCCGUAUCCUCACCCCCACAGCAAUCUGCAGGGCUUCAUGGGCAUGCCCGCAUCGCCUAGCCAUCCCCACCACCACCACCCGCCUCACCAUCCAGGCAUCAACGGCCUCUAUUCACUCCACAGCUUCCCAGGAGGCCUCGGGCCCCCUUCCAUCGAGGGGCCCGAGACCGACUACAAGCCGACGGGCCUCGUGGCGCUGCGGAUGAAAGCCAAAGAGCCGGGCAGCAUCCUCUCCUGGCCGACAUGACCACAACAGUGCCAGCUCCCCAUUAUGCACUGACUGAGCCAAAGCAUAUUACAUUCCUGACCCAUACACAAUCCCCGAUGUACACACCCACCUCAUAUGACUCAAAUAAUUCCUCUUGACAUUUAUGUAAGCCGACUUUGGGACUUUUCACAAUUCAGAUGUUGGAAGAUGAAUUUCACGAGGACAACUUGAGCCUCUAGCACGACAUCCCAGUGUAUUAAUAAGAACUUUAUUGUUUCCAGUUUUAGUUUGAUAUCACAAUGCUGAGACCAAAGAGGGAAAAUUAUUUAAGCAUGUAAAAAUUGUAAUUAUCAUAUUCAUUAUUGUUCUGUUUUUGUCUGUUGUGCUUUAUAGUGCGUCCAGUAAUA